AUGGCGACCGAGUUGACAGUCCAGGCCGAGCGCGCCUACCAGAAGCAACCUCACAUCUUCCUCAACCACAAAUCCAAGGCCGCGAAGAGCAGGAGAGUCGGCAAGGGCGGCCGAAGAUGGUACAAGGACGUCGGGUUGGGCUUCAGGACGCCAAAGACUGCGAUUGAGGGAUCAUACAUCGACAAGAAAUGCCCUUUCACCGGCAUGGUCUCCAUUCGAGGCCGUAUCCUGACCGGCACCGUCGUUUCCACCAAGAUGCACCGAACCCUGAUCAUCCGCCGAGAAUACCUUCACUUCGUCCCAAAAUACGCCCGAUAUGAGAAGAGACACAAGAACCUUGCCGCACACGUGUCCCCGGCUUUCCGUGUGGAGGAAGGUGACCAGGUCACCGUGGGCCAGUGCAGACCCUUGAGCAAGACUGUCCGAUUCAACGUCCUUCGUGUGUUGCCCCGAACGGGAAAGGCGGUCAAGGCGUUCCAGAAAUUCUAA